AUGACUGAGCCCGCUGUUGAAGGAGAGCCUUUUCAGUACUAUGACAUUGUCAUUGUGGGAGCUGGCCCAGUCGGGCUAAUGCUCUCUACCUGCUUGGCUAGAUGGGGCUAUCGAGUAAAGCAUGUUGACAACCGACCAGAGCCGACAAAAACUGGACGAGCUGAUGGCAUCCAGCCCCGGUCGUUGGACCUGCUUCGAAACAUGGGACUGAAGACGGGGCUCAUGGCUCACAAGCCGGCUCGAGUUUACGAAGUUGCCUUCUGGAACCCAGACCAGUCCGGUAACGACAUUGUUCGAACCGGAACAUGGGCUAGUUGCCCAAACUUUAUUGAUGCCCGCUAUCCUUUCACCACAUUGCUGCACCAAGGACAUAUCGAGAAUGUUUUCAUCAAUGAUCUGGAAAAGAACGGCGUGCUGAUACAGCGGCCAUGGACCAUUACACACUUCGAGUCCGACGAGCAAGAAAACUCUGAGUACCCCGUGCGUGUUGAGUUGAAACAUGUAGAUGGGACAGCUACAGAAGCAGUCCGGGCUAAAUAUCUAUUUGGUGGCGAGGGAUCGAGGUCCUUCCAUGUAUGGGGAGUUAUGGAUGGCGUUGUUAAGACAGACUUUCCUGAUAUCAAGGUCUGGUCAUGGCAGAUGAAAUGCACGAUACACAGCCACCACGGUUCCAUCAUGGUCAUCCCAAGAGAAGACAACAUGGUUCGACUCUAUAUCCAAAUCGCGUCUUCAGACGAACCAGAUUGGAAUCCAAGAAAGACAGCUACGUCCGGAGAGGUGCAAGAGGCGGCAAAGAAGAUCCUGCACCCGUAUACGAUAGAUUGGGAGCGCGUCGAAUGGUAUUCGGUGUACCCCAUUGGGCAAGGAAUCUCGGAAAGGUACAGCCUAGAUCAGCGCGUAUUUCUGGGUGGUGAUGCAUGCCACACGCAUAGCCCCAAGGCAGGUCAAGGCAUGAACACCGCCUUUCUAGAUGCUCUCAACCUGGCCUGGAAGAUACACGCGGUCGAAGGAGGCUUUGCACACCGCGAUCUGCUCAAGACUUAUGAGACGGAGCGCAAAGGGGUGGCGGAAAGUCUGUUGGACUUCGAUAAUAGAUAUGCAAAGUUGUUUUCCCAGCGGCCUCCUGCGGCUAAGGAAGUAGAGGCAGCCACUGAAGGGUGCCCCGCAAACCGCGGCGAGAUAGAGGAAGACGAGUUUGUUAAGAUGUUCAAGGAAUCGUGUGAGUUUACCAGCGGAUAUGGUGUGGCUUAUGGGCCGAAUGAGGUGAAUUGGUCAGUGAACCAUCAGGCCAAGUCGACUCUUAUUCACCCUGAAGGCACCAAGCUUCGAACGGGCCAUAUAUUCAUCAAUUCGGACGUUACAAGAGUGGUGGAUGCAAAUGUAGUACAUUUGGAGCAGGAGAUACCGCUCAAUGGCUCAUUCCGUAUCUUCAUCUUUGCCGGAAAUCCAGCCGUUACUCACACUGCCUUGCAAGAUCUGGCCAAUAGUCUCGGUGCGGAACGCUCUUUCUAUGGCGCAUACGCCAGAAAAGAUGUCAACACGGUAUCACACCAUGAACGACACAAUCCGCACAGCUUGUUUUUCACCAUUUGCACAAUAUUUGCUGCCAAGCGAUCGAGCAUUGAAAUAUCUAAGGAUGUACCCCGACUUCUAGCACGAUAUCGGGACCACAUUUACGCUGAUGAUAGAUGGGAUCGAAGGGUGCCCGAUUCAAGAGCCUCGGCCCAUGCCAAGAUGGGUUUGGAUGAAGAGAGGGGUGCUGUGGUGGUGGUUCGCCCCGACGGUUAUGUUAGCGUGAUUGUGAGUCUCGUGGAGGGAAGUGGAACGGUGAACGCGUUGAACGAGUACUUCUCGGCGUUCUGCAGUAAGAACCUAGUAGCAGGUACUUCCCAACUGUAG